AUUCACAGAAUCGAGAAUCUCAAUCGAAAUUCCCAAAAAAACCCUCCUUUCCCUCCCUUUCCUCUGCUUCCCUUCUCCUUCCUUUUUCCACUUCCAACUUUCCGUCAACUGUUCUGCCCAAAAAGUUUCAUUCAAAAAACAGCAAAAAGACCUGAGGAAAAUUCACGCCACCCGUUUCUUUCCAUCUAAACGUUGUCAUAGAAAUCUUAGGAAAAUUAGAAAGCGUGGGCAAGGCUCUAGUUUUCACUUCUGUGGUCCUGGUCAAAACAAUCUUCCAUAUGUGAGAACCCACAUAAUAAUAUAUAAAUAUAUGCACGCAUAAAAGCAAUGGUUAUGUGUUUUUUUGAGCUUGUGAAAUUCAAAGGUUUUUUGUGGGGUGGUGUUGAAUGGAUUUGAUUAAUAGUAAAUCAUCGAUUUUGGGUUCGAAGUUACGUGGGUGUGGGGUUGAUCGUUCGAAUUCAAAUUCAAAGGCGGUUGUUUUGGAUUCAAGGAACGGGUUUGUGAAGUUCUUAAGUAAUUCUUCACCAAGUGUAAUGGAAAAUAAAGGGAAUUCUCAGCUGAAGAUUGUUACCGGUGAUGCUGGUUUUGUUCUCGAGGACGUUCCUCAUUUGACUGAUUACAUUCCUGACCUUCCUACUUAUCCCAACCCAUUGCAAGACAAUCCUGCAUACUCUGUUGUUAAGCAGUAUUUUGUCAAUGAUGAUGAUACUGUAGCCCAUAAGAUUGUUGUUCACAAGAAUAGUCCAAGAGGUACUCAUUUUCGACGUGCUGGACCCCGUCAAAAGGUUUAUUUCGAGUCUGAUGAAGUGCGCGCAUGUAUUGUUACAUGUGGGGGCUUAUGCCCUGGUAUCAAUACUGUGAUCAGGGAAAUAGUAUGUGGUCUGCACCAUAUGUAUGGCGUUACGAGAGUCCUGGGGAUAGAGGGAGGAUACCGUGGUUUUUAUUCUAGAAAUACAAUCACUUUAACGCCCAAGGUUGUGAACGAUAUCCAUAAACGUGGUGGAACCACACUUGGCACAUCACGAGGGGGUCAUAAUACGAAAAAAAUAGUUGACAGCAUUCAGGACAGGGGAAUUAAUCAGGUUUAUAUAAUUGGAGGAGAUGGGACGCAGCAAGGAGCAGCUGUGAUUUUUGAGGAAAUUAGAAGACGAGGUCUCAAAGUUGCAGUUGGUGGGAUCCCCAAAACUGUUGAUAAUGAUAUUCCAGUUAUUGACAAGUCUUUUGGCUUUGAUACUGCCGUUGAGGAAGCUCAACGUGCUAUUAAUGCAGCCCAUGUUGAAGCUACAAGUUGUGAUAAUUGUAUCGGUCUGGUGAAGUUAAUGGGUCGCUACAGUGGGUUUAUCGCAAUGUAUGCAACUCUUGCCAGCCGAGAUGUUGACUGUUGCUUGAUUCCAGAAUCACCCUUUUAUCUUGAAGGAGCAGGUGGACUUUUUGAAUAUAUAGAGAAACGACUCAAAGAAAAUGGUCACAUGGUUAUUGUCAUAGCUGAAGGUGCAGGACAGGAGCUUCUUUGUGAGAGCUUGCGGUCUACUGAUCAGAAGGAUGCUUCUGGAAAUAAGCUUCUCCAGGAUGUUGGGUUGUGGAUAUCUCAGAGGAUCAAGGAUUAUUUCUCAAAACAAACGAAGAUGGCCAUCAAUCUCAAAUAUAUAGAUCCUACAUACAUGAUCCGGGCUGUUCCUAGCAUUGCAUCUGAUAACGUGUACUGCACACUCCUUGCUCAAAGUGCUGUUCAUGGAGCAAUGGCAGGCUACACAGGGUUUACAGUUGGGCCAGUCAAUGGCAGACAUGCUUACAUACCGUUCAAUAGAAUUACUGAGACGCAAAACAGGGUUGUGAUAACGGAUAGGAUGUGGGCAAGGCUCUUGUCUUCAACGAAUCAACCGAGCUUUUUGAGUUCAAAAGAUGUCAUCGAAGCCAACAAGGAGGAAGAACCACCAACUCAGUUGUUGGAUGAUAACUACCCAGACAAAAAGUUGAUAAAUACAGACACUUAAGUACCAAGUGACAUUGCACUAGUCCUAUAUAAGUUGCUACUGUUCUUGUUUAGGUGCCAUUCACCUCAGUCCUGUUUUCCAUAUGCCUAUAGUCUGUUGUUUUCCAAUAUACAAGUAUAGUGUACAAGCAAUAUUGCUGUAGUUAUUUUGCCUUCUAUGAGUUCAUUCCCGAAAGUAGUCGAUCCCAACAUAAUCAGGGUAGGGCUUAGUUGAGUUGAGUACGUGGGAAGGCAGCCUACUAAUAUUGUUAAAUCUUUAUGCUGAGAGACUGUGGAUGUAAUAACACUAUCAAAGGAAGCAAUAAAUUUGCAAGCAUUCGUUGCAAAAUUUGAAUCAUGCAAUGCCCUUAUGUUUAGGCAGUUGUAGUUCCUUCCAGGUGUGACAGAAAGAACAAAGGGGCAGAUGUAUUUUUCUAUU